AAAUUAUAAAGAAAGUAUUGUCCAUUCUGCCUGAGAGGCGUUUGACUUUUAACCUAUCCUCCUCCUCCUCUUAGCUCGGUGGCGCAUAUCGUCGAGCACCUCAUCUGCAAUUCCUUCCUCGAGCCAGUAUCUUCCCUUUCAGUUAACCCGAGUUUGAGAUUCUCUGUUAUAUCAUUCGAAAAUGUCUCGGAGUUUCAUCAAACUCUCUCCUUGGAGCCAUGCCCUCAUACACAAGAGACGCUUUCGUUUGUUUUCAUCUUCUUUCACAACUCCAUAUUUGUUACUUGGCACUACGUUAAAGAAUGAUCUUCCGGACGGUAGUGACGUCAGAGAUGUCCUCUUGUUUGAUCCGACCAAGGAAGAGAUGCUUACAGUUCCCAACAUAACAUUCCCCGAAGAUCUCGCUGGUUCGAGACAGAUAGGAAGUGCACGUGGAUGGGGCAUAUUCUCUAACGAGCAUGACCGUUCACUAUGUAUCAGCGACCUAUACAGUUCCUUGGGUCCCAAGUCAACUCUCACAAUGAUUCCUCUGCCUUCGCUUGUCGCUGUACACUCAAACCAAGCAAACGCCGUCUGGAACAUAGCAAUGUCAUCUUCUCCUAGUGAGGAAGACUGUGUGGUUGCUAUAAAGCUGUUGGAUAGACAGCUUAGUCUAUGUAGACCACAUUCUGACAUGCGUUGGACUAAUGUCGGGGAGAUUUUGGCUGAGAAUAACUUGCAGAAGUUGGAGAACUCGACUCUUAUGUAUUCCAAGAGAGAGCGUAGAUUCUACUUGCCUGGUCCUGGAGGCAACUCCUUGUACUCAUGGGAUCUCCAUUUGAAGAAGAACAAAGUCCCUAGCUUCCAUGAGUUGUUGUUCCGCGACCUACCGGAGUUGGAUGAUUCCGAGUGGAAGCUUUUGGGUUGGUGUUGCAGGACCGAACACCUGGUUGAGUUAGCCUCCAGUGGCCAACGUUUUCUUGUCAAAUGGUACGCGCAACGCUUCUUCUCGUCCAGCCAUGAAGGAAGUAACUACACGACAAGGCGGUUCAUGGUGUUUAGAGAGAAGAAGAUGACGGAAGGAAGAUACAUGCAUUACACAGAGGACAUUGGAGAUGUGUGCAUAUUUAUUUCUAUGAGCGAGGCUUUCUGCGUCGAGGCUAGUUCUUGUUCCGGUCUGAAGCCUAACUCCAUUUAUUUUAUAGGCCAUGGUUUUGGUAUUUACAAUAUCGUUGAUACAACAAUACAUCAUUUUCAAGCUCCUGAAGGUGCACCUACUUCUUUCAAAGACCCUUACUGGCUUCCUCCAUCUCGUAUAUAGUGAGGCCCUACCACCAUUUGUGUCCAAAUACU